AUGAUUCAUCAACCCAUAGCGGCUGCUCCUAAAUCAUCACCUUCAACUACUUCACAUCCUUCAAACCUUUCAAGUGUUAGGGAUGUACCAAUUUGUCUAACUCCUACGCAUUCAGAUUUACAUCCUCAAAAUAACACAAACAAAACCCCCACUAAUAGCAAUAAUAAUGCUAACCCCGGUGAUUCUCGGUUUACGCCCCUGCUUUUAGCAAGCCCUUCCUCAACUUCUGCUACACUUGCUAAACCUUCUCAACAGCCACCUUUGACUUACAAACAAUUGGCAUCUUCAUCUUCUUUGGCUUCUGUCCUGUCUCUGACAACCAUCACAAAGAAUUCUCCUUCAAGUUCAAAUACAAUUUUAUCACCCCCAUUAUCUCCAUAUCACAGGUCUGGUUCAGAUGUUGAAGAAUUGAAAUUAUCACCUUAUGAUGUCCCCUAUCAACCUCCUACUGAAGAAAAACAAACAGUUUCCCCUUUACCAUCCUUCCUUAAUACCUUGGAUCCUUUUCCAGUGGAAGACUUUUCCAAUUAUAGGUUAACUAUCAGUCCAUGGGGUUCUUCUAAAUCUAUUUCUGGAACCUACAAAUCAAAACACUUGAACUUUUUAGAUCAAUACGGUUCUCUCGGAGGCCAACAAAUUGCUGCUACUUCCUCACUACUGACGACUACCACAAACUUGCCUCUUAGAUACUUGGACCGUAAGUACAAGAGAAGAUGGAAUAACAAUUCGGACCUGGAAUCUGAUUAUGCUAGUGAUAGACCUAGAACCAGAAGAGUUGUGAAGGAGCUGUCACUUCCUGUUUCUGAUUUGGAUACUCCUAGACCUGUUUCUGUUCAAUCUCAUUCUGUAAUUAGUCCUAAAGUUUCAGGUGGUGGUGAUUUUGCCACUCCUCCUCCUGCUAAAAAGAGAAGAGCUCCAGUCCGUGAUUAUUCACCAAUUACUAUCCAACAACAACUUUUAAUUGAUGAAUCUAUUCCAGAUUACUCUCCUUCAACAGACACCCUUCCUAAUAAUACCAAAUGUCUUAAGGUUGAAUGGAAAGGACAACCAAUGGAUUUACGUUCAGAUCCUAAUUUGUCCAAACUUCACCCUGCAGAGGUGGUUUUGGCUUCAACCUUGAGGUUACCUUGUAAUGUUUAUUUGGAUCUGAAACGUCGUUUAUUCUUUGAGAAGGUGGAAAGGUUGAGACAUGGGAAACAAUUUAGAAGAACUGAUGCUCAGAAAGCUUGUCGUAUUGAUGUUAAUAAAGCUCUGAGAUUGUUUGCAGUUUUUGAGAAAGUGGGAUGGUUAAAUGACGACUUGUUUGUCAAAUAUCUUUAA